UGGCUCACACUCACACCACACCAGCUCGCCCCGCCGGCUCCCUCUCCCCUCUUACCGGCUCCCUCCUUUCUUCUUCCUCCUCCUCGCUGCCGGAGACCCGGAGACCGGUCCUUCGGAUCCACCUCCGGUGCAUGGCCGGGGCGGGGCUUGCCGCGUCCGUGGCUGCUGCAACUUAUAUCCCUAGUAAUCAGGCUUGAAAUCAGCUUCUUUCUGAUGUGAUGUACCCACAGUUAUUAUAUACUCCCUCCGUUUCAAAAUAAGGGUCGUGGUAGGUAAUAUUUGCUUGGCACCAUGUACCUAUGUUUAAUUUCUUAUUAUAUCCACAGAUACACCUGAAGGACUCGGAAAUGGCUGACAACAUGCGCCAUGUUCCAAAAGAUUCAAUGAUGCAUGGUGAGGAUGGUACUGGACUCGCAUCCUCUUCAAAUCAAACGGAUGAUCUCGAAGACGUAAAGGGCAUUUUUACUCAACUUAAAAUAAGCCCGUCAGAGCCUGAUCCGGCGGCUUCAAAAGGUUUCACCUUCAGCGAGGUUAACUGCUGGCGACCAGCAAGCAGCAGGAAGUUAGUCUGCUGCAACUUCUCUUCCGACGGCAGGAUCUUGGCAAGUGCUGGACAUGAAAACAAGGCUGUAGUUUGGAACAUGGACACUUUCCAGACACAUCAUUUACCAGAAGAGCAUGCUUACCUUAUCACCGAUGUCUGUUUCAGACCUAACUCUACACAGAUGGCAACAUCUGCUUUUGACAAAACAAUUAAGCUAUGGAAUGCUAGAGAUGUAAGUUAUGCUUAGCUUUCUGGAAGUUCAAAAUUUUGGUUCAAAUUUGUGAAUAAAACCUGAAAGUAGUUUUUUUUAGAGGUAAAUACACUAGGAGUCUUAGAACUUGCACGCGACGGUCACUUUGGUGCAUAAAGUUGCAAAAUACGUGUUUGUGCUCACUAAACUUGCGAGGCCGUUCAAAUACAGUCGCUCUCACCGUACGCAUGCGUAUUCGCCGACGUCAGCAUGGCACAGGCCCGCUGUCAGCCACUGUAAACGUUCCUGUAUGAUAGAUUUUUAGAAUAGCCCUCAGCCUUUUUUUAUUUCCGUAGGAAACCCCUCAAAUAAAAAAGGCAAAAUAGUGGGGCAGGUGAUUUCGAUCACACGUUCGUACUGCUAGGUGGCUCGAUUGGACAACCACCACGCCAACAGUACCUAAAUGUUACUUAGCACGACUACCUUAUAUAUCCUAUUAGCGCGGACUGAAACUUUUUAAUGAAGAAAUCUAUCUAAUAACCAUAAACAGUGCAACAGCAACAGCGACAUGUGAUGUAGUUUAGGGACAAACAAUGUAUAUGCUUUUAUCACUCUUGUUCUAUGUAAGUACGUGCCAUAUAAAAAUGUUUGUGUAAUUCAAAAUAUGUUCAAGCAUUAAAAAGACCACGCGAACAGUUUUCUGAAUUAUGUGAAUAUAAUUGUACGUUGUGUAAACUACACGAAUAUAUAAUUUUUUUGAAAUGUGUCAACAUUUUUUAA